AUGGGUGCCUGGCUGGACGAGGCUCGGGGCGCUGAGGCCCCAGAUAGCCUGCGCCGGUCGACUCCGUCGUCCGCUCUCCUCCCGGGAGACUCUUCCGCCUCGGUAAGUCUAUGCUCUUCUUGCUGUCCUUGUUUCGACGAUCGAGGCGAGCACACUCAGUCUGUCCCUGGAUCUCGCGUCGCCGUCGCGGUGCUUCAGUCGUGCACUGUUCGCGUUCUGCUGCCUCGCCGUCGCGGUGCUUCAGUCGUGCGCUGUUUGCGUUCUGCUGCCUCGCUCCCUCUGGCUAACGCGAGCGAAUAUAGAGCGGACAUGGUUCUUUUGGGCGCAAGGAAGACUGGGAAUCAGACUGACAAUAACGGUAGCCGGGACGCCGCCGCAGAUACUGAACUCAACCCACUUGCGCAGCCAUUCGUCCCGCUCCCCCAGAUCUGUGCGGAAGCCAGACAAGAGUUCCAGGAUCCGUACCAGGCGUUCUUCGCGCCAGCGCAGUCACAAGAUCAGCUGUACGGUCCUGUUGUCCUUCCGCCGGCCUACCCACACACCCCUCCGUUCUACUCGUACACCGACGUCGAACCCCAGCAGCUGCAGCUGAAUUAUCAGCUUGAACCCCAAACUUACGUGCAACCUGCAUUUCCGACUACAAUGAUGCCCCACGGUCACCAACAAGCGGGUUUCCUGCCCCAGCCCCAGCCGCUCACCCUGGGUCAGCUCCAACCGCACGAUCCCUUCCAACCUCCGGCUCGGAACGUCCUCCCGAUGCCAUACCUUGACGUUACCGCCUAUGACGACCUCACCGGCAAGGGCAUCCCCUCGCUCACCGACGCUUUGAACUACAGUCCCUUCCGAGACUUCGCUGCCGAGAAGCGCCCGAAGCAAUAUGGAGUCAUUCGCAUUGAGAACGCUCCCUACGCCACCAUGCGCAACGAAGUUCUCUCUCUCCUCGGCAAGACUGCCCGUGUCGUCGAAUAUCCGCCGGGCUCCUCCAACUACGCCGUCCAUACCACCUUCGACCGCCUGAGCGGUAAGGCAUACAACACGUUCGUGGAAGUCAAUACAGAGGCUGAAGCCCAGCGCCUCGUUCGCGGGUUCGGAAAAUACCUAGACUCCCACAAGCACGGCCGCAAGCUCGGAAAUCGCCCCAUCUACGUGCACCUUUCGAACCAGACGGAGCUCAUGGAGAGCAUCUUCCCGCGCGUCAAGUGCGUGCAGUGGAACGGAACCGACCCUCUGAUUCAGCCCCCCGGCCCUGGCGAGUCCGGGUUCGACGCGUUUCUGCACGAGGAAGAGCUGCGCGGCAUGAUGCGCUUCGCAGAGAAGCCCGGACGUACUCAGUUCUGCAAAGACUGCCCUCAGCGCGUCUAUGAAGCCAUGACAACGCUGCUGCAGAAGUUCCCCUGGGGUGCCCAGCACCUGUACACACUCCGCGAGCGCAACAUGCUGUUCGCUUAUCUCAACCAACUGGUCGAGAUCUUCGUGGAGAAACUGCCGAGACUGUCCCCAGAGCUUGUCAACAAGCUCACGCCGCAACUCCUGGGCAACAUGGUCCAGACUGCGUGCUCUUGCGGUGGCUUCUCGUCCGGCCAGCAGGCCCGUCUCGUCGUCUCUUGCGGUGGUGUUUUGGACCUUGGAGUGAAUCUGCACCCCCUUGCCGGCGCCGUCCCGUUCCAAGUCCUGUCAAUUGCAUACGACAGAGUGCAGGGCCCGCAGAAGGCUCUCGUUGAUUGGUAUGUCGUCGUCAUCCGCACGGCGACUGGCUUGCCCGGGGCCCUCGCGCCCGAGGUCCACGAGUGGGCCAACAACCAGUACCGGGGCAUCUUCCCGGGGUCCACCUUCGGCUGGUAUGCCACACCAGCCUCGUACCAAGCGCAGCUUGGUAUGACAAUGGCGGAACUUGCGACGCUGGAGGCGUCGGAGUUCCAGAGGCUGGUGGGGCUCGUGCUGGAGGCGGGCCGCUUGCACCCCGACCUCGUCCCUCUGGCUCCCGCUGCCCCCGCUGCCUAGGCACGGGGAGGGGGCGAGGUCGGCGCGGUUGCGGCUGCUGGUUGGGCGGCGAGCGUGUGCGGUGCGUAGUUGGUUUGGGCGGUUCUCUUGUGCGUUUGGUCAGUGCUCGGUAGAUUCUGUGGUGGUUUUCGGUGCUUCUGGCAGCAGAUAGAGGCCUAAAAGGGGUGAUAGCGAGAGGGGGGCCGAGACUGACUUUUUCCUUUGUUUUUCCUUUGUUUCCACAAGAGACCGACCCUAGAAAUUCGAGGCUGAAUUGCCGAUUCUUUGCGAUUUUGCUUCACUAUUCGAGACGUGUCAUGCCUAUGCAA